GCUACUAGUUAGCAAAGCGCGCGAACCAAGUGGACCCAGUGAGCGUGCUCGCGGUUCUGGUCGCUAUGGCAUCGUCCGGCAAGAAGCAGCGGCUCAGUCAUAGCAGCAGGAGCUCACAAACCUCCAGAGGGACCAUGUCCGCGGCCAGUCAGACCGCUGGGACCGACGGAGAGGAGCGGUUCGUGGAGGGAGCCAUACUUCGCAUCACCAUGAAAAACUUCCUGACCUAUGAUUACUCUGAGGUGCGUCCUGGACCUAAUCUGAACAUGAUUAUUGGAGCCAAUGGAACUGGCAAGUCUAGCAUUGUGUGUGCCAUCUGUCUGGGUCUGGCUGGGAAAACUGCUGUUCUGGGCAGAGGUGACAAGGUUGGACUCUAUGUCAAACGUGGAUGCAGUAAAGGCUAUAUUGAGAUUGAACUGUACAAGAGUGGUGGCAAUGUAGUGAUAAACAGAGAGAUCCAUCAGGAGAACAAUCAGUCACUGUGGAUGCUGAAUUGGAAACACUGCAACCAAAAAACGGUAGAAGAGGAGGUCAAGGCUCUGCGUAUCCAAGUCAGCAACCUCUGCCAGUUUCUCCCUCAGGAGAAAGUGGGCGAGUUUGCAAAGAUGUCCAAAGUUGAGUUGCUGGAGGCGACUGAGAAAUCAGUGGGUCCACCAGAGAUGUACGAGUACCACUGCGAGCUGAAAAACUUCCGCAACAAGGAAAGAGAACUGGAGAACGUUGUGAAGGAGAAGGCAAGCUUCCUGGAGAAGACCAAGCAGAGGAAUGAGAGGAACAAGCAUGAUGUUAAUCGCUACUAUGAAAGGAAGAGACAUCUGGAUGUGAUUGAGUUGCUUGAUAAGAAGAAACCAUGGGUGGAGUAUGAAACCACCCGCAAGGAGCUUGAAGGCGUGAAGAAGGAGCGUGAAGAGGCCAAAAGACAGCUUUCUGCCCUGAAGCAGGCUCAUGCACCCAUGCUGAGGAAAAUCCAGCUGAUUGAGAACCAGCUGCAGCCCACAGAGGCACAAAUAAAAACAAAGACUGCUGCCAUCAAAGACGCCUCUCUGAAGUGCAAACAGAAACAAGAUCAGUUGGAUCGAAAACACAAAGAGAUUGAAGAUAUUAAACAAACGCUCAAGCUGAAGCAGAUGGAGGAGGAGGACCACCAGAAGCGAAUCAGUAACACCAAGCGAAUCAUCGAAGACUUGAAGGCAGAGCUUGCCAAAGUUGGCGACCAACCAGACGUGACCCCACGCAUCAAUGCCGUCAACAUGGAGCUGAGGCAUAUCCAGGAAGACAGAGCCAAGAUCGAAGGAGACAAGGCUGACCUGCGCAGGGAGAAGGACCAUCUCAUUGCAGAGUCCAAAAGUUUGGAGAGGAAGCUCAGAGACAUGAACAACAUGAUGAAUGCCAAAGAGGAGAAGCUGCGAGGACGCCACAAGGACACGCAUGCUGCCCUCCAGUGGCUCAGGAAAAACAAACAAGUAUUUGUUGGAAAUGUCCAUGAGCCGAUGAUGCUGGUGAUCAAUGUGAGGGAUCCUAAAUUUGCUAAGUAUGUGGAGAACCACAUCUCAUUCCACGACCUUCGGGCAUUUGUCUUCCAGAGGAAAGACGACAUGGAGAAGUUCAUGACCGAGGUCCGUGACAAGAUGAACUUGAAAGUGAACUCCAUUUGUGCUCCGGACCUGUCGUGUUCUAAGCGAACACCUUCCCGAAAUAUCGAGUCCCUGAGGCGUUUUGGGUUCUUUACUUACCUCCGUGAGAUGUUUGAUGCCCCUGAUGAGGUGAUGAGUUACCUCUGUCACCAGUACAAGGUGCACGAUGUCCCGGUGGGCAAUGACCAAACCAAAGCCAUGAUUAAAACAGUGAUUGAGGAGCCCUAUCUGAAGGUGUUAUUUACAACGGAGGAGAGAUACACCGUGAAAAGAUCCUUUUACUCAAAUCAGAUUAGUACCAGUAACUCUGCAGUGCACUCCUCGCAGUACCUCACCAUCACUGUGGAUGCUGAAGAGAAACGGCAGCUGGAGCAGCAGAUGAAGGCCUGUCAGUUAAAGCUACGAGAAAUUGAUGAACGGAUGAAGGCCCUGCAGAAGGAAACGGCCGCACUCGAUCGGCGUGACAAUGAACUGUUGGCAGAGAAGAAGCAACUCUCUGAACUGAAGGGUAAAAAGAGACAACUGGAGCAAAAAAUCAGCACCAAACAGGACAGUCUGAAGCAGAUGGAGCACAAUGUUAUUGACCUGAAGAAGGUCGAAGAGGAAACUAAAGAGAAAAUUGCAGCCGUCAAUUCCCAGAAGGUGACCAUAGUCACUGAGUUCAUGGCCCAAAUGAAGCUAAGAGCAAAGCUGACCAUGGAGAAAGUCUAUCUGGCUUUGGAGACGGUGGGACUGACAGCAGAGAAGACAAAGCUGGAGAAUGACUGUAGAGAGCGUGCCUCUGAACUGAAGACCACUGAUCAAAAAUGCAGCCGACUGGAGCACAGGAAAGUCCAGCUGACAGAACAGUGCAAAGGCUUGUUGAAGAGAGCGCAGGCCACCUGUAGGAUGCAACCUGAUCAGUCAUUACCUGAAGACCUGCGCAAUGCUUUCAGCAAGCUGCCCGACACGUUGGAUGAGAUCGAGGCCAUGCUGAAUGAGGAGCGGUCCAGAGCCGAGUGCUUCACUGGCCUCAGUGAAAAUGUUGUUGACGAGUACAACAGGAGAGAGCAGGAGAUCAAACAUCUGGAGAAAGAGCUGGAAGAGAAGAGCAACGCCCUGAACGCCUACAGACAGAACAUAUCAGAGGCUAAGGAGCGCUGGCUGAAUCCUCUGAAGCAGCUGGUUGAACAGAUAAACGACAAGUUCAGUGAUUUCUUUCGCUCCAUGCAGUGUGCAGGAGAGGUUGAUCUGCACUCAGAGAAUGAGGAGGAGUAUGAUAAGUAUGGGAUCCGCAUCCGGGUGAAGUUCCACAGCAGCACUCAGCUCCACGAGUUGACGGCUCACCAUCAGAGCGGAGGAGAGCGCAGCGUCUCCACCAUGCUGUACCUCAUGGCCUUACAGGAGCUCAACCGGUGUCCUUUCAGAGUGGUGGACGAGAUCAAUCAGGGAAUGGAUCCUGUAAAUGAAAGAAGAGUCUUUGACAUCGUGGUCCGCACCGCCUGCAAAGAAACAACAUCCCAGUACUUCUUCAUCACACCAAAACUGCUGCAAAACCUUGAGUACGCCGAGAAGAUGACGGUUCUCUGUGUCAACAACGGCCCUCACACGCUUUCCCCCAGCGAAUGGGACGAGAAGGCUUUCAUCAGACGCUGUCUCCAAAGAAAAGCCAGGGCAUGAAUUCACAGAGCCGACUUGAUGUUCGUCAGCUCGCUUGGUUUCCAGAUCAAAAGUUCAAAAAGUUCAACUGAUAUUUAUAAUUUAGGUUCAAAUAACUGUCUUCAUAUAUUCAUUCUGAACUUUUCACGGUUUUAAGGAUGGACGUUAUGUAAAACAAGUUUAUUGAAAACAGAACUGUAUUUGUUUCAUUUGCACAUUUUCUUAGUUUUGUCUGUUUCAGUAACAAUAUGUUCUUGUUUAUAUAUUUGAAUAAAAUAUUUUGCUGUUUCUGUAUCAAAGGAGUUUAAUAUUCACUUUAAAAAAAACAUAAGUGCUCCUCAAAGCACUGAAAGAACUCAUUUAUUUUGCUUAAUAAUGACUGAGCUGUAAUUGUGCUCUCUGCUGUAUCUCCUGUUUAAAAACUUGCGUGAAGGAAUACUGGCUUGGUUCGUCUUUGAGACAAACCUCACUACAGAAAGACACAUUUCUCUGAGAUUUAGCUUCCAUCAGAAUUUGCAUGAGAAAUGUUGCUGACGUGAGUUUCGAUUAGGCCCCACUCCGACUGGUCCUAUGAGAAACCAGUGCUUGUAAAGGUUUCAGAGAUACAUAUUGAAUAUGCACAAACCGGCGGUGGGGGAAUGGAUAUGCUGUCUUGGCUGCCGUCUGAAUGAAAGUGGUAUGUUACGAAUUCGCGACAAUGGGCAUCAAAGGACUAAUCCCGGCUGCUUCAAUCUCGGCUACAAACCGCCUCAAUUCACGCUGAAGGUCACGUCCUGAACAAGCCAAUUGCGUCACAUCGUCUGCAAAAACAAAGAUGCUCUCAAACCAGAAUGCAACAACCGGGGAUGGAGACAAGGAGCAACACUGGUGGAGUCCACCACCCACCAGACUCUUGGACUGCAGCAUCAUCUGUCCAUUGUGUUGUUUUAAGCUGCUGCUGUGUUUUAUGAUCUGUCAGAUGAACAGAUCAGUGUUCAUGCAACUCACAGUGUUUCAUCCAGUAUAUGCUGUACAUGUUAUGACUGAGUGUCUAUUUUCCGCCUGUGUGUGUCUUUUAUGCAUCACAGGGUCAAAAAAGACUCACAAGGACACACCUGUACAUCGACUCUUCAAAAUGUUGUGCAGUGUGUUGUACUGCACAGGUGCAUGCUUGUGCUACUUUCUCUGCUACUUUUUUUGACACAUUUGAGAUUUUUACGUGUAUAAAUUGUAGUAUUUGUUACAAUUACAUUAUUUCACAUCAGAAUUUGGCUACAAAAUGCUGAAAAUGAAUCACUUCAAACUGUACAAAUAAUAUAUAUUUACUUUAUA